UUAAUGCAGCCGAAAAUUACUGUGGUUUCAUUAAUAUUCAAGGGUAUCAAUUUUCGUGGAUAAAGUGAAAAUCACAGUUUCAAGGAUACGUAAAUUCGUGGCCAAAGACACUUUCAAUACAAAAUGUUAAUAGAAAUUGCGUUUCAAUGAACAUUUAAUUUCAUGGAUCAACUUAACAACGAAAUCCACGAAAUGGGUAUUCAACGAAUAUUGAUGAAACCACAGUAAGUCAUCCAUGCAACAAAUGCAGAUUUUUCUGAUUUCCUCUUUCAUUUUCUUGCCGGUGAAUAAUGCUAUAAACAUGAAAACGAAACUAAGUAUUAUGUAACUAUACUUGGAACGUGGCGUUGUGAGUAAAAACCAAGAUUCAAUAUUUGUUUUUCUUUCAGAUGGGUGUUGGCGCUAUUUAUAUUCAUUGAAUGUUUUAAGAGUAAUACAUAUGUUUUUUAUCAUUUUGUACCACCGUGGCUUUACAUUCGAGGGAAUACACAGAAACAAUCGUUUACGCCAUGUUGAACACUACAGAUGCAAAAUUGCUUAAAUCCCUUAUUCUGCUGUGCAUUAUCCUAAACGGAUUGGUUAUGGUGUCAUCAGGAAAUGCUCUUAACAACUUAGGGUCGUUCCUUUCCUCUGCGGAGUCCCUCGUAAAUGCCAUUGGAGGAACAUCUGGUUCAGGACAGUUUGACCGCGGCGAUGGAAAAACAGUGAGUUGGUCGUUUACAGGAAAACUCAUGGGAAUUAAAUGGAAAUACAUCGGAAUAUGCGUGGAUCAAGCCACAGGAACGACAACCACAUCCGUGAGGAAUAGUAGAGAUGGUUCUGUAGAGCACUGUCUGCGAGACCUGUUUCAGAAGUUAGGUGCCAGACAAGAGUUGUGAACAAUCAUCAGCAUGAAGAUAUUAGUUGUGGAAAAGUGUUAAUUGUGCAAUCUGUGAAUAAACCUAAAUAUUUGUUGGCUCAUUGCUAUGUAAACUGUUUUUUUUUCUGCAGAGCUAUUGUGAACUAGUCCAAUUCAUUUAAACGUUUUGAUUAUGCAACGCUUUAGUAUAAUUUUAUGAGCAGCUGAUUAUAUAUGUUUUUUUGAGAAAAUAAUAAACAUGAGAACGCUAUUAAUAAUAUGAUGUUGGUAUUU